UUUCGCGCGUAACCAUGUUGCCGCGUUCGAACUGUUCCUCGCACUCUUUCAUUAUGGCUGCGGACAGUACGAUGUCUAAUGGUCAGGAAACGGCCUCUCUGAACGGUGAACCCGUGCUCAAGCGCUCCAGAGACAGCGUGGACUCUUUGCGGAUCCCGCGGGAGCCCCAGAAUAAAGUGACCGUCGUGUUGGGAGCUCAGUGGGGCGAUGAGGGUAAGGGCAAAGUGGUCGACCUCUUGGCAAUGGACGCCGACAUUGUGUGCAGAUGCCAGGGAGGAAAUAACGCGGGACACACAGUGGUGGUGGAUUCGGUGGAGUAUGACUUUCACUUGCUGCCUAGCGGCGUUCUCAACAAAAAGGCCGUUUCUUUUAUUGGAAAUGGUGUUGUGAUACACUUGCCAGGACUUUUUGAGGAGGCUGAAAAGAACUCACAGAAAGGCAAUGGACUUCAAGGAUGGGAGGAACGACUGAAGAUAUCUGACCGGGCACAUAUUGUGUUCAAUUUCCAUCAAGCUGUUGAUGGGAUACAGGAGCAGCUGAGACAGCAGCAGGCUGGGAAGAAUUUGGGCACUACUAAGAAGGGCAUUGGACCCGCAUAUUCCUCCAAAGCAGCACGUAAUGGACUGAGAGUGUGUGAUCUAGUCUCAGACUUUUCAGUGUUUGAGGAAAAGUUUCGGGUUCUGGCUGGUCAUUUUCAGACCACAUAUCCUAACCUUAAUAUUGAUAUUGAUACUGAGCUUGAGCAACUGAAGGCUUAUGCUGAGAGGUUACGUCCUCUAGUAACUGAUGGGGUUUAUUUCAUGCACCAAGCUCUCAACGGUCCAAGCAAGAAGAUUCUGGUGGAGGGAGCCAACGCUGCAUUACUGGAUAUCGAUUUCGGGACCUACCCCUUUGUGACCUCAUCAAACUGUACUGUUGGAGGCGUUUGCACAGGUCUUGGGGUCCCCCCAUCUCAUGUGGGACGUGUGUAUGGAGUGGUGAAGGCCUACACAACCAGGGUGGGAGUGGGGGCAUUCCCUACUGAGCUAGAUAAUGACACUGGUGAUCUGCUUCAGAGCAGAGGAAGGGAAUUUGGUGUUACAACAGGCAGGCGGCGGCGCUGUGGAUGGCUGGACCUGGUUUUGGUUCGCUAUGCCCACAUGGUUAAUGGUUUUUCAGCCAUUGCACUGACCAAGUUGGACAUUCUUGACACAUUGCCAGAAAUAAAGAUUGGCAUAGCCUACACAGCUGAUGGAAAGCCUCUUCCCAGUUUUCCUGCAAACAUGGAUGUCCUCACAAAGGUUCAAGUGACUUAUGAGACGUUCCCUGGCUGGUGUUGUAGUACUGAGGGAGUCCGCAGUUUUGAUGAGCUGCCUUCACAGGCACAAGCUUACAUCAGCUUUAUCGAGAAGUUCCUGGAGGUUCCAGUGAAGUGGGUGGGAGUUGGCAAGUCAAGAGAAAGCAUGAUAAAGCUGUUCUAACGAGGACAACAGGAAAGGCUGAACUUCAUUUGAUGGUCUGCCGGGACAUCCAUCAUCAUGACCAUUUGAGGGCCAGAACUUUCAUUUAUGAAUCGGCACUGAGAUUGACUUACUGUCCCACUCAAAGGAACACCAUUAUUGUGUUUAUAGGUCUGGUUUGAGCACCAGACUCACUUUCCUGCAUUUGUAAAUCCUUGACUCAUUCCUAUUUGUUUCAAAGGACAUCAAAACAUACCUCUGUGAAUCACUAGUAGUUGUCUGAAGUCUGAUUAAUUAGGCUUUGCACUGUAGAGUGUAAAUUUACGAUUUUCAUUGCUUAUAGGUGGAUAAAACCAAACUGAUUUUUAAGGUUGUCAUGUACCGUUUAUUAUUAUUAUUAUUAUUUUUUAUGUAUUCCAGUGUGAGGGGGCAAGCGUUAAAACUUUUUAAUUAA